AUGCAUAGAAUAGACACUGAAGUGGACAAUUUUAUCAUACCACCGGUUCUCAAACCAUGUUGUCUUAUCCCUUCAAUCCUACUAGGACAAGAGGUUCAUGGUUUUGUGGUGAAAAAUGGAUUUCACGGUGAUGUUUUUGUGUGUAAUGCUUUAAUCAUGAUGUACAGUGAGGUUGGAAGCUUGGCAUCAGCACAGCUAGUAUUUGAUAAGAUUCAUAAAAAAUAUGUUGUUUCUUGGAGUACUAUGAUUAGGAGCUAUGAUAAGAGUGGGUUGCUUGAUGAAGCUUUGGACCUUGUGAGAGAUAUGCAUGUUAUGAGAGUGAAGCCUAGUGAAAUUGCAAUGAUAAGCAUCACACAUGUCUUGGCAGAACUUGCUGAUUUGAAAUUGGGGAAAGCCAUGCAUGCUUAUGUAAUGAGAAAUUGGAAGUGUGGAAAAUCAGGAGUUCCUCUAAGUACUGCUUUGAUUGAUAUGUAUGCUAAAUGUAAAAAUUUAGCUUAUGCAAGAAGGGUUUUUGAUGGCAUGUCUGAGGCUAGUAUCAUUUCAUGGACUGCUAUGAUUGCAACCUACAUUCAUUGCAAUAAUUUGAAUGAAGGUGCAGGACUGUUUGUCAAAAUGCUAGGAGAAGGUAUGUCUCCAAAUGAAAUUACAAUGCUUAGUUUUGUCAAAGAGUGUGGCACAGCAGGAGCUCUGGAAUUAGGAAAAUUGUUACAUGCUUUCACAUUAAGAAGUGGAUUUACCAUGUCUUUGGUUCUAGCCACUGCUUUUAUUGAUAUGUAUGGCAAAUGUGGUGGUGUUAGAAGUGCAAGAUCUGUUUUUGAUAGCUUUAAGAGCAAAGAUUUAAUGAUGUGGAGUGCCAUGAUUUCAGCUUAUGCACAAAACAAUUGCAUAGAUGAGGCUUUUGAUAUCUUUGUUCACAUGACUGGUUGUGGAAUAAGGCCAAAUGAGAGAACCAUGGUUAGCCACCUUAUGAUAUGUGCAAAAGCUGGAUCACUUGAAAUGGGUAAGUGGAUCCAUUCCUACAUAGACAAGCAAGGAAUUAAGGGAAAUAUUAUUCUUAAAACUUCUUUGGUGGACACGUAUGCCAAGUGUGGAGACAUAGAUGCACUGCUUGCUGCGGCCAUGGACCGUGAUGUUUCAAUGUGA